AGGAUGUAUUUUCACUCAGUUUUGCAGCUCAACUAUACAACUUACGAUCUGCGUCGCACACAAGAUUCCGUUAAUCCACGAACGCAUCGCAAUAUCAUGGUCGCAGCCCAUGAAGAAGAUGAUCUAUUCUCUUCUGCUGCAAAUGAGCAUCUGUAUUGGUACGCGCGGGUCAUCGGGAUAUUCUAA